UGCAUUAAAAAUUGCUUUAUAUUUAAUAAUAGAUAAUUAAUAUAAAAUGUCUGAAGAAGAAGAAGAACAGGUUGUGGAUAAUUAUAAUGGUUUAACACCUCCUGCUAUGCCACCAACUAUUUCACAGCCUUUGCAUCCAACAGUGCACCAAUCUAUUCCUUCUGCUUUCCCUAACUUUGCUCAGAGCUUUCAGUCUCCAUUACACCCACCUUUUGCACCUAUGCCAUCUCAAAGUAACACUACUUUACCAAAACCACCAAUAUUUGAUAAAGAUGGCCAGAUAUGGUUAGAGGCAUGUUCUGCAGAGGGAAAGGUUUACUAUUUUAAUGCAAAAACAAGAGAAACACGGUGGACAAAGCCAGAAGAUUUUUGCUUAAAAUCAAAUGAGGAAGAAAAGUGUGAAGAAAUAGAUAAAACAGAAACGGAAGUUAAAAAUGAUGGUGACAAUACAACUGCUGAUCCUGCAGAAACACAAACUUCUUUACAAUCGCAACCUCCGAUUCAAUUUUCACCACAACUUUUGCCAGGAAUGCCUCCAUUUGUUCUGCCAAUGAUGCGGCCACCACCUGGCAUGAUGUUACCUGGAUUUUCUACUGGAUUUCAAUCUCGACUUCCACUUACUAUGCCGCCACGAUUUCCUCCACUUCCUGCUGGUUUUCGUUUACCUCUUGAGUUUGUUCCAAAAACUAUUGGUGAUUGGACAGAGCAUAGGUUACCUGAUGGUCGGUUGUACUAUUUUAAUAAUAAAACUCGAGAAUCAAAAUGGGAUAAACCAGUUGAGUUUUCAGAAAAAGUUACUGAGAACAAAGAUACCUCAACAAAAACUGAAAGUAUCGUAAAAGAAGAAACUCCUAAAUCAGAUGAAAACAGUAAGAAAAAACCGAUUGCAUCACGACCUAUUCCUGGCUCAGGCUGGCAUUUGGUUUGGACUGGCGAUGGAAAAGUUUUUUUUUUCAACCCAGUAUCUAAAUCAUCUAUUUGGGAACGACCAAAAGAAUUAGAAAGUAACUUACAAAUUGAUGAAAUGUUGCGUGAAGGGCCUGAACAAAAGGAAGAAGUGAAAGUUGAACCAAUAGUAGAAAACAAAGAAUCUUCAGAAAAUCAAAAUGAGGAACCUUCUGUCAAGAAAAUAAAACUAGAACUUGAAGAUAACGUUGAGAAAGUUCAACAGGCUGUUGAAGAGGAGCCUGAAACAAAUGAGGAAGAUGAAGAACAAGCUAAAUUAAAACUUGAGGCUGAAGUUAAAAAAGCUAUUAUUCCUUUAGAUGAAAGAAUGAUUAUGUUUAGUAAUCUGCUUCGCGAGAAAGAGGUAUCUGCAUUUUCUACAUGGAAUAAAGAACUUCAUAAGAUUUUGUUUGAUCCGAGGUAUUUGCUUUUAAACAUGCGAGAGAGGAAGCUUUGUUUUGAAAAGUAUGUGAAAGUUCGUGCUGUUGAAGAAAGAAAAGAAAGGACACAAAAACUAAAGGAUAAAAAAGAAGAUUUUAAACGUUUACUAGAUGAAGUUGUUGCUAGUGCUAAACUGACUUUUAGUGAUUUUGCAUCAAAACAUUCAAAAGAUGACAGAUAUAAAGGAAUUGAAAAGAUGCGAGACAGAGAGCUGCUGUUUAACGAAUUUAUGAUUGAUUUCCGAAAAUAUGAAAAAGAACGUUUGAAAAUCCGCGAAGAGAAGGUUCGAAUAGGUUUUUUGGAACUUCUUGGAGAGCUAAAUAACUUAGAGGAAAGCUCUCAGUGGAAAAAAGUCAAAUCUUCCAUUGAGCAUGAUAAAAGAUAUCAGCUGGUGGCUAGUUCAACAAAAAGGGAGCAAUGGUUCUAUGAUUAUUUAAAAGAAAUCAGUACAAAGCGAACCCGUCCUGAAAUAGAAAAAAUCGCAAUUGCAGAAGAACCCAUUCCUUCAGUAGUGCAGAAAUCCUCUCCUGUCCAUAAUGCUAUUACAGAAAAAAAUGAUCGCAUUGAAGCUAGCAUACGUAAACGCGAAGCUGAAGUUCGAGCACAUAAAGAAAUAAUUGACAAAGAUAAUGAAAAAGAACGAGGAUUCCAUCUACAUGAAAAAGCUAUGCAGCAUUUCAAAGCUCUUCUUGCUGAUAUGGUUCGUGAUACACAUUACUCGUGGAAAGAAACUCGCCGCUCGCUUCGUCGAGAUCCGCGUUGGGCUGCACUUGAUAUACUGGACAAAAGUGAAAAGGAAGGUUUGUUUAACGAACACGUGUUUGGGAUAAAAGAAAAGAGAAAGAAAGCUUUCAGGAAAAUGUUGGAUGAAGCUGACAUACCGUUAGAUGCUCACUGGAGGGAUGUUCGAAAAAAAGUAAAGGACGAUCCUAGAUACGCAAAGUUUGGAACAAGUGAGCUUAGGGAGGAGGAAUUUGAAGCCUAUCUCCGUGAAAGAGUUACAGCAGCACGCACGGACUUUAGAGAACUUCUUCGCGAAACUAAACUAAUUACUUACAAAUCAAAAAAUUUAUGCGAAGAAACCAAUCAUAUGAGAGACAUUCACGAAAUACUGAAAAAAGAUAAGCGAUAUGAUAAUAUGGCAACUUUAGAGAAAGAACGUGAACGCUUGAUUAUUAGCCAUAUAGACGAUCUCCACAAACGAGGGCCGCCACCGCCUCCAACCGCAACAAACCCGUCUGCAAGAUACAAAAAAGAUUGAAUGGGCUAUUCACACAGAAAUAGUGUUUUAAUCAUUAUUUUAUGUAUUAUCUUCAAUGGAAAUAUUCUAAUUCUUAUCA